AUGUCCCAAAUAAUCGAACAAACAUCGACCGAUGGCUACACGUUCUCCGGUCAAAGGGUUCUAUUGACCCGCAAGGAAGUCUGUGCAGAUAGUGCCGAUGGAUUUUGUAAACUCGAAGCGGUUACCUUUGUGCAGAAUCCACAAAAUAGUGAGGUACUAAUGUGGGCCCAUUGGGAAAACAAGCAAGAUUACGGACAGGCUCGGGUCGCAGUGGCAUUUGGACAACCUGGCGGCCAAUGGAAAUUUGGAGGCUCGUUCCGUCCUCUUGACCAUGAAUCUCGCGAUCUCUCAUUCUUUCAGGACAACGACGGUUCUGGAUAUCUGAUCUCAUCGACGGCGAUGAACACGGAUAUGAACAUUUACAAACUUACGCCUGAUUGGCACAAUGUCGACAGUCUGGUGUCUACUGUCUUGAAAGGCGAGAGAAGAGAGGCGCCCUCAUUAAUCAAUCAUGAAAAUGUUUACUAUCUCUUCACCUCUAGAGCAGCCGGAUGGUACCCCUCUGAAGGCCAGUAUAUUUCUGCCACCGCUCUCGCGGGUCCAUGGAGUAAGAGUAGGAACAUUGGCAAUCUCUCUGGCUUUGGCGCUCAAUCGGGUCAGGUCCAAAAGAUAGGCUCGUCAUGGGUGAUGUGUGCAAAUCAGUGGAGUGCCCAAUGGCUCGACCCAGAGCCUCCCAGCCGCCAAAUCAUCCUGCCAAUCUCCAUGUCGAAUGGGUACGCCGAUUAUCAUUUUUAUCGCCAACUGAGAUACCUCGAUGGUACAGCCGGCCAGGCGGGAGUUUAUGGGGUCCAGAGCGGCAAGAUCCUUUCAGUCGGUCGGGAAUCUUCUGCCUCUGCAAGUGUUGCAGGUUUUGAAGAGGUCAAAGCUACCAAUGGCGUCCACCUAGAUCCCAACAACUUCUACCAAUCUACAACAGUCCCAUUCUCUUACGUCGUUGAGUUAGGGAUUGAGAGCUCUCUCAGUCAGUUUGAUCUGACGACUAGACUAGUCGGUGGAAGUGAAACAGCCUAUCAAUUCACGAUUUCCGGGCGAGCUAGUUCGACGAGUCCAUUCGAAGUGAUUGUCGACAAGAGCAAAAAUACUAGGGUUGGAUUUGUUUCCGGCACGCUACCUAGCUCGAAAAGAUAUUCCGCCGUCAGAUUAGACGUCAAGUCCGUAUUGAAUGUCCACAAUAAGCAGCCCGCCAAUUGGGCACAGGGUAUCAACCAGUUCACCAUCUACGGUCAGGAUGGACCUUUCAUAGAUCAGUCCGGCGGACGCACUCGAACUCUCAGCCGCCGCUUUCAAAGAAGAUGA